AUGGCAACUGCGCGCGUGCCACGCUGCAUUGGCUUUCUAGGAUUGCUGCUGAUUCUUUCAUUGCUCAUUCCGUCUUCGGUGUUGGCCGACUUCGUUCCGGUUGGAGAGAAGUGGGGCGACCCCGAGUUUGGCACAGGGGCGGUAGUGACAUGGAGCCUGCGACCCACAGAGCCGGGUCCGCUGGGCCCCACGGUUACGGCCCUGGAAGAGUUCAUGCCGGCGGGGUUCGAGGCCGAACUGCAAUCGGCAUUCAAUACUUGGUCUGAAGUGGCCAAUGUGACGUUCGUACAGGUGGAAGACACCGGCCCUGAGGGAUCAGACAUUCGCAUUGGCGGGCAGAACAUCGACGGGCUCAAUGGCACCUUGGCCUUCGCUUACUACCCUACCGAAAGCAACGGCAACCACGCCGGCGACAUCUACUUCGAUACCUCCGACCCUUGGAAUAUUUUGCCAGGUGCAUCCGGGUUUGACCUGCGAGAAGACAUCUACCAGGUGGCAACGCACGAGAUUGCGCAUUCUAUUGGGCUAGAGCAUUCGGUGGGCGUACCGUCGAUCGUCGGGGCCCGUAACUCGGGCUAUCGAGGCUUGCUGCCUGCCGACAUCGCAGGGGCUCAGCACAUCUACGGAAACGCGCCGGGAUACAUCGCACCGCCCGAAGCCAACGCAACACUAACGUUAACGCCCAACAGUCAAAUACAGAUAUCCUUCAGUGCCUUCGACGGAAGCUUGGCUCUCACCGAUUCAGCGGCACUCUCCGGCGACCUACAGGCUUUCGUUGGACAGAACGGAUUGGGCGAUCCUUCGCAACUGGGAUUUCGUGGGGCAAACGUACAACUGGGCGACUUGGAGUAUGGGCUGAUCGAUCCCCUCCUCGAGCUCGAUGGAGAUAUUCUGGAUGCCAUCCUCAGUAUCGUCUCGGCCAACGACUUGAACGUGGGGCCCGGCGGACAGUUCGAUGCGGCGGAUACCGUGCUGGGGUUGGUCGACGGCGACUUCACAUUCAACGUCGCCUCACUUCCCCUGGGGCUCGAUGCUAUUGGUGACUACGAGUUCUACACCGAACCACUUUCGCUACCUUUUCUACUGGGCGACUCAACGGGUACGCUGCUGCAAACACCGACCGGAGUGCCGAAUCAGUACGACGUCUUGCUGCAACUUCCGUUGGCUCUCUCGACCACCGUGGACGUUUCGUUCUUGGCUCCCGAUGUACCUGCUGGCUUCUUGGAAAUCACGAUCGACAUCGGCGGGACCAUCGAAGCGGCGGGGGUGGUGGUUGUGCCAGAACCGGCAAUCUUCUCGCGGAAACGGGAGCACCAACCCAUGAAAGACACUCGCUUCUGGAGACUCGUUGCAGUGGGGUUCGUCGCAGGGGUGUUUUACUUGGGCCACGCGAUUGGUAAGCGCGACGCGACGGUGGCCCCGUUCGCUUCGCAGGCCCAGGCGGCGGAAAAUUCGCGGUAUUACAUUCCCGAGGGCGUACCACGGGGCACGGUGGUCGAAGGGUUCCGCUGGCACGAAAUCUCGGAUCGUCGAGGCGAGCCGCAAGCGUUUCGGGCGCAAGUGCAAGGCGGUUGGCUGAUCGCCACAUUACCGCCGGAGGGGCGCGGGCCGGCCUCGGUGCACACGGUGUUCGUGCCCGAUCUCUAUCACUGGUGGAAGAUCGACUGA